AUUCUAACUAAUUCAAUAAUUAAAAUUUUAGUAAAUAGUAAAAGAAAUAUAAAGAUAUUAAAAAGAUAAUAUGAAAAAUGUUUGGGUUGCGAUUACAUCUGUGCUAGUCUGUACUGUAGUCUUUUUCACAAGUUUAUUAUUUUAUCGCACUAACCUUAAAUACUACAAUGAUGUGAAAAGAUCUUUUACAGAAAAUGAAGAAGAAAACGAAAUGGAAUCUAAGUUAAUUUCUUCGAAGCAAGAUAAAUGUCCAUAUUCGUUUGGGUUUAUUGAAGAGCUGAUUGAAAUAGAUCACAUGGAAAAAAGACGGCUUUUACCUGAACACCGAAAGCAAAACUUUUCAGGGGGAUUAGUUAACCAAGAUAUGAUGUGUUUAGAUACAAUGGAUGCAUCAGAAAAUAUGUUUAUAGGCAUGUAUGAAUGUCAUGGCAAUGGUAGAAAUCAGGCUAUUACUUUUACAACAGAUGGUUUAAUUGAAGCAGCAGCGUCAAAACCACUGUGUUUAUCCAUCAAAAAUAUGAUUUCUGUACAGGUUGUCCUUAAAAGAUGUGAUAAAAAUGACGGUACACAGAUAUGGACAACAGACAGUACUCUAGGUCAUGUGAUACCUAACAUAAAAAGAGAUUACUGUCUAACAACAUCAUAUCAAAACGAGAUAAAUGUGGAUAUUCAACCUUGCAAAACGGAUAACAGCGGGCAGAGAUGGCAGUUAAUUAUGAAUGAAGUGCUACUCCUUUUACAAGAGGAAAUUUUAAAUGAUACCUUUAUGUUAAAAAAGAAAAGAAAGCAAACAGAAAAACUGAUUCUUCAUCAACGACUUGUGUCAGAGGAUGAAAGUUUGAUAUUGUAAUGUUUUGCUAAAUGAUUAUUUUUAUAA